AUGUAUAUCGAUAAGGAUAUUGAGAAUACUGAAGAUGAACAUGACAAGGAUGAUGAAGACGAUGAAAUUUACGAUCAAGAUGACGAAGGCAACGAUGAAAAAGAUGAUGAAAUUGAUGAAAAGGACGAUGAAGAAGAUAAUGAAAUUGACGAUGGAAAUGAUGAAGAAGAUGAUAAAAUUGGCGAUAAAGAUGAAAAUGGUGAAGAGAAUGAUGAAGAUAACAAUGAAGAUGUUGAUAAAGAUGAUGAAAAGAUAACGAAGACGAUGAAAUUAGCGAUGAAAAUAGUGAAGAGGACGAUGAAGAAUAACGAUGAAGAUUUUGAUGAAGAUAACGAAGACGAUGAUGAAAUAGACGAUGAAGACGAUGAUGAAAAUUAUGAAAUUAAUGAAGAGGAUAACGAAAAAGAUGAUGUAAAGAUAGCAAGACGAUGA